AUGAAUUCAAAUGCAAAAUCCUAUAUUUCAUGUGGAACAAAUUCAGAGCUAAAAGAAAAAAGAGCAUUUGUUUGUAUUUAUUUUGAGAUCUUCAUAAACUUAUCAAUGGUAGCUUUUAUUUUUAUGGCAUUAGCUUCUCCAUUAAUUUGGCAUUUGACACUUAAAAUUCUUAAGUGGGGGAAGUAUUGAUUAUUUAAACAACGAGCUUAUUAUAAUAGUUAUUUGCGAGCUGAAUUUAUUAUGCUCUAA